AAGUUAUCAGGUGAUAGUCUAAUUCUCGUGGAAGAUACUGUCGUUUCUAGUCGGUGUGCGCAAAAGUUUUUUCGUUCCAAAAUAUUUUUGUUUUAAAACCAUUUGGAAAUAUAUAUUUCUAGAGACAUUGCAAGCACCUCCAUAUUUGGAAGAAAGCGUUAUUGUCCGAAAUCAGGCUUGGUCACGUGAUUUCCAAGCAAAAUGAAAAUGAAGAGGAAUGUUCAUAAUUCCAUGUGAACUUAAGUAAAAAAGGAUCGUUACACUCAUCAUCAUGGAAUGAGAAAGUCGUCCUUGUUGUCACAACGGCAUUGCGACAUCCUAAGCACGGUUCCUGGUUCACCACGAAAGACAAGGUUGCUGCGCAAGUUGAGAUUGACUUGAGAGCAGACGACAUCAUGGCCGGCUGUGAAGAAAGCUGUGGGUUUUACUUUGUCUUUGCCCUUGUGACAUUUUUCGUGUGGAUGGAUCUAAGCUUUUUCGAUGAACUAGCCGAACAUGGUUCAUUCUACAAUGAGUCAAUGGCAGAACACAUGAUGUUCCCAGUGAAAACGGUCAAAAUUCGGAUGCAGGACCAUACGGAUCAUUACGUCAAUGUUCCUUGCAUGCAAUUUUUAAACGAGAAUACGGGCUUACACACUGUUCCCGGAGUUACUCCCAAUCUUAUUAGUGGAACUCAUCUCUUUUUGGCUGUUAUGGCAGCGAAGUGCUUCAUUUCAGGUUCCCUUGGCAUUCGUAGGCUUGGAGUUCUUUUUUAUCAACUUCGCUGUGCGUUGGAUAUCUUAGACGGUGUUGUGUUUCGUGCGCAACAAAAUAUUAGAGGCAAUUUCAUGUCCGUUUGGGGAUCGAUGGGUUAUUUAAUCGAUGCUUUCGCUGAUAUGGUGGGUGGUUUGUUGGUUGGGUUAGCAUGUGCUGUAUUUCUGAACCGGUUUCCACCUUGGAAACGCGUUAGGACAAAGCCUCACGAUGAACUAGAAUCGGGAAGAAAGGCUGUGAGUUUUCAAACCGAAGAGGAGGAGCGUUAUGUCCAUGUUAGUCGGCGUUCUGUAAAUAUUAAAAUGUUCCUCAUUAUUGCUCAAAUUGUUGCUAGAAGUGGAUUUUGGGACCAUUACUUACAUUCCUACGUGGAAUUAUUGGAGACCCCUAACCCCGAUAUUCCGAGGGAGCUACAGGCUGAAGUGCUCAGUUAUCGCAGCACUUGGGUGAUCAUGUGGCUGUGGAAAGUGUCUAGUGCUGAUGCAUUUCUGCAAUUUACAAGCCUUGCAAUCCUCUUUGAUAAGUUAUGGGUUUGGGUGCAGAUCCUGAACUACUUCGGCCCCCUUGAGCUUGCCUUUGUUAUUGUUCUCUCUCAACUGCAUUUAAUGGAGGUAAGAGCAUACUUGCUUGGGACAUGAAGCCUUAUUGAACCAUGCUGUAUAUUGUUCCUUACUGGAGCUUAAUUAAUUUCCUCUUAUUUUUUGACAUUGUUAAUACUUAAAGUAUGCCACAUGAAAGAGAUUGGAUCAAUUUUCCCCCUUCUCAUCUUUUAAGUAGGGCAUGGACUCAAGCCUGUCACAUUCAAGACUUUGAUUGGAUGUCAGGUGGUUUUAAUAGAAUAAAUUCCAAAUACUUUAAAGACUUGAUAUGAUGAGGUAUGACUGUGGCAAUUUUUCACUUAACAUACAUUAAACGAUAAUAGGGGUUAAAUUCAGCACUAAAGUUGUGGUCCAACUUCCAAAGAAACUACAAGGACAUUUUCUUUUGAUGGUGUAUAACUACUUCAGGAUUGUGUUGAAAAUACAGACAGCUACAAGUUGUACCAGUCAGUAUUUUUUUUUUUAUUUUCAGAGUAAUUUUAGUUCAGAUUUGUCUAAUGGAUUGAUAGCACUUAUUUGUGACACCAAUACUACUAAUGAUAUAUAUAUUAGAUUAGCCCUUUUCUUCACUUCACAGCCUUACCUUGCUUUAUCACAAGAGAGUUGAAAAAGAAAGAAAUGUUUAUAGAGAAUUAUUUAAAAUAUUUUCUUACUAUUUUGUAUCCAUUUAACACUAUGAUUGCCAAAGAGAAAUUAUCAGUAUCGAAUCAUAAUCUUUCUAAAAGGUUCAAAAGAAAAGAGAACUAAUAUACAGAAUUGACACCAACAUCAUGUACAAUGCGUCUGUUAUUGUGAAGAUCCUCACCUAAUAAAAACAUGGAAGUUUUGGUGAAUUUUAAAUAUGUAAGAUUAGUGUUAAAUCUUUUGUUUCAAAAGUGCAUUGCUGUAUAUAUGAAAGAUUGAAUUGAUUUUUCAGACUAGUUUAAGAAUUAAGUACUGUAAGUUGCUUGCACUUUGCUUUGUUGUCAAGGUUGUCCCUUCUACAUGGACACCUUUUUUGCUUUAAAUUUCAUGCAAUGCCAUAUGGAAGUUGAAGGAAUAAGAUUACAGGAGCACUUAAAUGAAGUAAAAGCAUUCCAAUUACCUCUCAAAUAGAUCAUGUUCAUUAUCAGAGUCAACAUAAUGUGAUUAACGUAAUUGCAAUAAUGAUGUCGAAUACAAAUUAAGACUUAAAAGAGAAGUAUUAAAGUGUAAGUAGGAUAUUG